GGAAAGGGGACGCCACAUUGUGUUGAAACGACACCACAAAACAGCUCAUCUGAAUCUGCCUUUUAAAGUUGUGCGCGUUAACCAAAAUAUAUACUACAGGUGUGAUGUAUGUUGCCAUGUUGUCAAGAACUUGCAGUCUAUGCGGUACCACAUUCGACGUCAUCAUCCUGAGGCAGAUGAGUUUACAUUUUCGAAGUUGGCUUUAGGAUCCCCAGUGAGGCCUCCAAUGAAGCAGCCAUUUAAGUGCAAUUAUUGUGGUGAUGUAGGAGAAACUCUUCAGGAAAUGCGCACUCACCAUGCAUUCCUUCAUUCACAUCUUGAGUGCAGCAUCACAAACUUAAUGGAUGAGGCUUUGUCAUCUGUUCACAGUCCCACGCCUAGUCAUAGCUCAAAUGAAGUAAAAAAUCCGCCUCUGGUUCCUCUCCCAGUGAUAUCGAAGUGCAGCAGCCCUCAGGUGACAGACAUUAGUAGUCCAGCUGCAGAUAUCAAAUCUCCGGUCAUCCCAGAAAUGAAAAAUACAGCUAGGAAGUCAAUAACGACUGUGAAAAAGCGACAUGUUGCUAUGAAGUCAACAUCAAAAUCACAACCAAGAGCAUCAACAAGCAGCAGUAGUGAUGAUGAAGGACAAAGUUGGUAUGGUGUUCCUCAGCCAUCAAUACAGAUGGAAAAUCUAUAUGCAUUUGUGAACCUUGGGGCAGGUGUUCCAGUGAGGCUUACAGUGCAGCGUUUGGGAAAGCUACUAGACUUACAACCCAAAGUUGUGAUUUAUGAAGAUCAGUUGCAGUAAAAGUAUAUAUAUACACAUAAAAUAUUUUUUUAAAGCAAGAGUGACAGUGUUUAUCCUUUUGUCUGUAUCAUCUAAGAAAAAGCACAUCUAAAACAUCAAAAAUAUAGUUUCUUCAAAUUGGCAAUUAAAUAAUUAAAGACACUGAUAGGAAAUACAUUUUUAUUUCUAAUACAUGUAACUGUAUUCACCCAAAUAUGGAAAAUUAAGAUGGCAUUUGAAUUUUGUAAAAAGUGUAACAUAAUUAAUGAUAGGUCCAUUGAUUUCAUACAAGACUGAAGUUUGAUGGUAUAAGAAUUUUGUUGAGAAAGUAAGAUUAAGUUAUCUGUUAAGGUAAUUAUCAGAUUUAUAUUCAAAUAGAUUUUCCAAAAACUUUUUGGUAUUUACAUGAUUCAGUAGAUAGAGAGGAAUGUUGUCACUUAAGAAGUACAAUAAAGCUUGUAUUUAUGAUAUCCUGUACGUAAUUCCACAAGCAAGUUAUCUGAUGGCAUGAAAUUAGUAAUUGCAUAUAAUUUGUGCUAAAAACAAAUAACCUAGUCUUCCUCUGAAUUACAAGAAAAUUUUGUUUCUGUGAUAAUGGCUUCUAUUUUCUGUUUGUAAUGUCACAUAGUUUCCAGAAUGGGAUAUGGAUAUAUGAUCACUAUGAGGUGACAUUGCACAGAAUUGUUAAAAAGGCUGUAAUUAGCCAUGAUAAAUACUUAUAUUUUUUAUUGUUAUUAUUAUUUUACCCUCAAUUAUGAAUAUCUGCUGCAAAUGCAGGAUUAGUUUAUUUGGUCAGGAGCCUGGUACAGCAAAUUUGAAUAAAACUAUACAGCAUGGAGUAUUCUUAUAUUUGGAGGUUUACUUUUGGUGAAUGUAGUCAUUUUCUCACAAUUAUUGUUAUAUACCCUCCCCUUUCUCUCUCUCUUUCACACACACACACACACACACACACACACACACACACACACACACACACACACACACACACACACACUCACACUCACACUCACACUCACACUCACACUCACACUCACACUCACACUCACACUCACACUCACACUCACACUCACACUCACACUCACACUCACACUCACACUCACUCACACACUCACACACUCCUACCCCCACCCCCACCCCUACCCCAACUUUCCUACCCGUACCCUUAUCCUUACAUCUAGCCUUACCUUAUGAUUGCUGCCCAUAAGAUUUGUCGGGUAAGUGGCGGCCAGCAAGGCUUUUGCUUGUGAUGCCCGGUUUAUAAGGUCAGUAUGAGUUGACCAACAUUCUUAAAUCUCUGGCAUAUAUGUACUAAAAUGUGGAGGUACAAACAUUUUUUAAAAUUUAAUUUGAAGUUCCUAGUUGAUUUAAAUAAUCCAGUAUUUUUGUAGAUAUAAGUUGGGAAUGUGAGUAUUCUUUUUGUCAUACUAAAACUGUUCUAAGUUAUUUGAAUUCUGCAACUGAAGCUUUUUUUAUCAGAUUUAAAAAGCUCAUAUACCUCAUUCCAUUAUACAUAUAUUGUUUUGUAUGCUAAAUAAGGCCCGAGUGUUGUUCUGUUUAAUAAGUCUUGUUAGUUGAGUGUGAUUAUGUUGUGUAAAUGAGAUUUUUUCCUGAUUUUUUUUUCAUGUGUUAAAAGUUAAAAGCACUUUAGUGAUGGAUGAACAUAAGAAUUGAAGUAAAUCCCUUGAGAUUACUGCUCUCUGAAAGGUGCCUAUCAGCUGUAAUAUUAGUGUAAUUAGUAUUAUUUUAGCAUUAGGGCACCUGAGCCUCGGAAUCUCAUGUCACUGCUUCUACAUUCUGGAGUGUCAUGAUUAAGCAAAGUGAGUUUGGUGGUGCAGACCUGUAGGUGUGAGAUUCAAGAGGUUCAGUGCAUUGAUUUGUAAAAUAGAGAACCACUGGAAUUCAAACUACUGCUCAUGUUGUACAUGUAAAUAAAUAAGUUUUGUGUAGAUGGCUACACACAAAUAUUUACUGUGACACCCGUGAAGCAAGUGCAACAUUUAUCCUUUUUUUUCAUGAUACGAAAAUCAUUCCACUUCGUACCUUUAUCCAUACUCACCAUGGCAGGAUUGUGCCAUUCUUUGUAGGCUGUUUAUUCACAUUAACUAUUUGUGUUUUUUUGUAUAUAAAAUAAAAUUAUUUUAGUUGAACUUGUCA